AUGGAGAUCCGGACCUUCAGUGUUACCUACAGCUCCGCCCUGCUGCUGCUUCUGGUAGUAGCAGGAGUCACGAACGCUGCAGAAAAUAAUACAUGUUCUUUUCACGACUUUCACACUUGUGAUGAAAACGCUGACUGUAUAGAGAAGAAUGGCGAAUUUGAUCAUUGCGUUUGUAAACAAGGGUUCGAAGGGGACGGAUAUCGAGGGGAAAACCACACACACUGCAUAUCUAUGAAUAUAUCAUGUUCUGAGGAUAAUGACUGUCUGGAGUAUAACGGGAUUUGCGUUGACGAAAUUUGUCAAUGUAAAGCUGGAUAUGAGAUGAAUCCUGAGACGAAAGUGUGUCAAGACAUCAACGAGUGUGUACCGCCGAAUCGCUGCGACCCAAACGCUAACUGUACCAACAUCCCCGGUUCCUUUGUUUGUACAUGCGGGGCAUUAUUCGAGGGUGAUGGAUUCAGUUGCAAACAAAUAUGUCGAGUGGACUCAAACUGUCACAAACAUGCAAAGUGUAUCCUUAAGGAAUGUGUAUGUGAUGACGGAUACAGUGGAGAUGGCAUCAACUGUACAGACGUAAAUGAGUGUGAAACAGGUGAAAACAACUGCCAUUUGAAUGCUGACUGUAUAAACACCGAUGGAUCAUUCGAAUGUACAUGUAAAUCAGGUUAUACAGGCAAUGGGUUAUCAUGCGAAGUGGUGCCACUUUCGUGUCAUGAAAUUCUCCAGAACAAGCCCACUGCCACAUCAAAGACGUACCUCAUCGAUCCAGACGGCACUGGGCCUAUCCCUGCUCUUGAGGUCGAUUGUGACAUGCGUGGAGACAACAUAGGUGUCACUAUAGUGAAGACCAAAGUCAAAAGUAAACUUAUAACGGCCACUGAUCCAGAUUUUGAUUUACAAUACGAUGCAACUGUUGAGCAGAUUAAAAAGAUAGCUAACAAUUCUGGAUAUUGUUAUCAGGAAAUGAAAGCAAUAUGUCGACGGUACAGUGUGAUGUUAGCUAAUGGUACUCAUUGGGUGGACGGAAAUGGAGAAAAACAUACGACAUGGGCCGGUUCAUCUGUAGACGGGAUGUGUCCCUGUGGACAGCUUGAUGGUUUCUGUCAAGUUCGGGGAUCCCAUUGUAACUGCGAUGGUUCUGCCAAUUUGGUAGAAGACAGUGGCAAACUGAUUUCGCGGGAAUUAUUACCGAUACAGUCGGUGCACAUGCAACUAACGGGAGUGCAGAGAUUCACAACAGAAAUCGGUGCGGUGGUGUGUAGUCCACAGCCUUUCGAUAUUCCGAAGGAUUGUGACGAAGCAAAGCAUAAGCUAGGUCAGAAAAAGAACACGGCCUUAAUCAUAGAUAUAGACGGUCCAUCUGGUGAGGGGGAACCUGUAUUAGUGCACUGUGACAUGGAGACAUACCCACAUGUGGGCGUCACAGUAGUACCGACAACCGUCAUCAAACAACCGACAGGCCCAGGAUUGGUCCCAAUAUCCUAUCCCAUAAACAAUGAUGUUGUAGCGAAGAUAGUUGGUUUCUCGAAAUUCUGCGUACAAGAGGCAGCAUUUAAUUGUAUGAACACCGAUUUACAAGACUUCUAUUUCACAAAUAUUAGAAAUGAGAAAAGGCAUUUCUUCCCUGGCAGUUUAAAUCGGGACGGAGCGUGUCCAUGUGGCUUGCUAUCAACGUGUGCUGACCCCAAUAAAUUAUGUAAUUGUAACUUGAAAGAUGGGGUAGAGAGGAUGGACUUUGGCGCAGAGUUUGAUAAAGAUAAUUUACCUAUUACAGCAAUGUAUUUUGGAGACGUAGGAAGAGCAGCAAAUCAGAAUGCUUCAUAUACUAUCUCUUCUCUCAAAUGCAGCCAGCAGGCAUUCUCAAUUGAAGCCAGUUGCGAGUCGUACCUGAGGGAUAGAGGAAGAAAUUAUAGCUAUGUCUAUAUGAUAGACACCGAUGGUCCAGAAGAUAGACAAGGAGACCCAGCUAAUGUUCCACCUUUCCCUGUGGAAUGUCAAAUGUACACUAAUCCACCACAUGGAGUGACUGUUAUUCACUACGAGUCAGAAGGAUCGAGACAAAUUGAAGGUGUUAUGGAAUAUGUGUAUCGCAUGGUUGACAACAAGCAACUGCAGAAAUUGAUGGUUCGUUCAAUUUACUGUACUCAAGCUGUUUCAUACACCUGCAAUGUACCGGGAAAAGUUCACAAUGCUAGUGGAGAUUCGAUAAUAUCCUGGAUUGGGCUAGACGGUGCGACUCAUGAAUAUUUGCAUGGCCAAGAUGGAAGCAGUUGCCAGUGCGCUUUGACCAACACUUGUGAUGGAUCUGGGGUGUGCAAUUGUGAUGGCAGCUCAUCAACGUCAGAUUCUGGCAAUUUAUUCAACAAGGAACAUUUACCUGUGAUGAAUUUCACCUUUGCACAACCUCAAAGCAGUAACAAUCUUAACCUUGGACCGCUUAUGUGUUUUGAGAUCCGCCCUACCUGUAAGAGUCUGCUGGAUGGCAGACGACAAAAAAUGGAAAGCGAAGUACCUAUACCAACAAAUACCCAAUACACUGUUGAUCCUGACGGGGCUGGUGGGGUGAAACCGUUUGUUGUCUUCUGCAAGUUCCCACAGACCAUCGUAUCUAUAUCUCCAGACGCCGAAAACUCCACUGGAACUUCAGGAGGCGAUGGCGUCAACAAAUGUUUUAACAUUACGUACAAUAAUGGUAUUUCUCCCGAACAAAUACAGGCACUGAUAGACAGAUCAGAGCAUUGUACACAACAUCUGAGUUACGAAUGUCGUAAUGCGCCAAGGACUGACAAUGUCUUUUACAGGACUUGUAGUGGUGAUAAGCAACCAGGCUGGGGUGGCUCAAAUGGAGACGAUUCUUGCGCAUGUGGAGUGACAGGCACGUGCGUAGGAGGUACUGAUGCCAUGUGUAACUGUGACAGUGAGGAUGACAAUCUCUACACAGAUGAGGGUUGGAUACACAACAAAACGCGACUUCCGGUCUGUCAAGUGUGCAUUUCACUGGACCCAUUAAGUGAUACGGUGGCAUCUCGGUCCGGUUCCUAUAAAGUGACAGAUUUGAUCUGUAACUCUGCUCCUAUUGGCAUUGUGGGGUCGUGUCAGGACCGUAUAAAUGCUGGUAUCCUGGAAUCGGGUACAAUCUACGUAGACCCAGAUGGUCCAGAUAAGGGCAAUCCUUCCUAUCCAAUAUAUUGCCGUAUAAUUGCUAGACCUCCUAUGGGCAUUGCGGAAAUCCGUCCGAUCGAACCAGAACCUCCUGUAUCUGAGAAUGGAACUGUCGUUAUCUACUACUUCGUCUUUGAGAUAUUUUAUAUUGCUGAGCUGGUUGAGAAAUCCGUGUAUUGUGAGCAGGCUAUUUUUCUACUGUGUGGUGAUGCGCAGAUACCAGCAGAUGGAAGGCAUAUGGACGACUGGAUACAAGGACCAAACGGAACGAUUUCCUGUAAGUCUGGUAAAUGUGAGUGUAAUGGAAACGAAGUUUACGGCGGAUAUGUAGUGGUGAAGGGCUCCAUCCCAGUACAACUUAUCCAUCUCCCACAAGGAGUCCAGGGUACUGUCCACGUGAAGCCUAUGGAAUGUUACAACGUAUAUAGAGACUGUCACGAGAUUAAGACGAAUAAAGCCAUACUUCCUAAAAGGAUCAACCCUGAUAGCAUAUAUGCUAUAGACCCUGACGGAGCUGGCGGAGAGCCACCAUUCCACGUGUACUGUGACUUUACCACAGAUAAAAGAAUAGGAAUAACUCAGGUGGAUCAUUCUAACGAAGGCCAUAUUGUUGUCACUGGAUCUCGUACCCCGUCUGAAUACACGGUUCCUAUUGAAUACCCCGAUGUAACAUCACAACAAAUACACGAACUUACAAAUAUCUCUAACUUUUGCUACCAAGGAAUUCAAUAUGAGUGUAGGAACAUACCUAGUUUGCGCUUGACCAUGUUUGAAGGGGAGCAGACUCAAAGCGUCGGAACUGGUUACGAAAGUACGGACGGUUGUCCCUGUACACUAACUGGCAAUUGUCCUGCUAACCACAUCUGUCGAUGUGAUGCUAAAGGGUCAAUGGUAGCCGAUGAGUACGGCUGGGUUCUUCAAAAGGACGUGUUGCCUAUAGAGGAAGUAAAUUUUGGUCCUCCACAAUCAAACAACGAACAAGGCUCCGCCUCCAUCAGCUCCGUACGAUGUGGACCCACGACGUUUGAUAUACCGAAAACCUGUGAAGAGGCUUACACCAUGGGAUUCAAGUCUGGAGAUAUCCUGAUCCAACCUUUAGAAUCUGUGACUCCUUUCUUUGUUGUCUGUGAUAUGGAAAUACUUCCAGGACACGGUGUCACUGUAGUUGGGAAUGACAAAGACGAUGCACCUAUCGAGCUUGAUCUCACAAACGAUACGACCAUUCAUGUCACAUAUAAUAAUGUUACUACCACACAGGUCGAAGCGUUGACGGAGGUUUCCGCAUAUUGUAUUCAACCAGUCAAAUACGACUGUUUCGGAACACAGUUUCUGGGAUAUAACAAAUUCUUCUGGAACGGACAAGAUAACCAAGAAUUCCGUUAUUGGGCAAACAGUGAUAAUACAAAUCAGGAGUGUUCAUGUGGGACAGAUAACAAAUGUGGAGGUAACCGAACAGAAAUCGAAUUAAUACCCAGAAAGUGCAGCUGUGAUUCAAUGGAAAGCGAAUGGAGAAAAGACGGUGGAGUAUUCUCAAGAAAAGAUGAUCUGCCAGUCAGAUCUAUGACAUUCCUUAAAAACAAUAAUGCCGAUGCUAAAGGAAAAGUUACAUUUGGCAAAUUAUAUUGUUCACAAGUACAGUACAAUCCAAAUGAAUGUACAAUGGAUGUCCAUGAUUGUCAUGACCUUGCUGAGUGUGAAGACACAACAAGGGGAUUUGAAUGUCACUGUCCGAAGGGAGUACAAGGCAUCAAACGAGAUCCUCUUGUAGCAAACGGUCGAAACUGCUAUGACGAUGACGAAUGUGGCCUUGGAGUUUGCCAGCCUGAUCGUGCAGAUUGUACAAACACUUUCGGGUCAUUCAACUGCACUUGUCACGAAGGAUACGUUAUGGCUGAAGGGUCAAGAACGAUCUGUGAAGACAUCAAUGAGUGUGACAACCCCGAUGCUUGCUCACCUUAUGCUGAAUGCUUUAACAGACCCGGGGACUUUGUAUGUCGAUGCAAGCGUGGAUUCAGAGGAGACGGAUUUAACUGUACCUCUAUAGGAAUAUGCACGUGUUUCGGAGAUCCGCAUUGUCAGUCAUUUGACGGGAAAUGGCUCCAUUUCCAAGGUGAUUGCCAGUAUACUAUGGCAACUGAUGGAUGUCAAGGAAAACCACCAACAUUUGAAAUUAGAUCAAAACACUGGAAUCAGAACAUUCCCGGAUUAAAAGGCGCCACUUGGGUGGAAGAAAUUGAACUCCUACUCCAUCUAGGAGGGGAAAAUACGACGGUAACUCUAAAGCAGGGCGGCAAAGUCUGGUAUAAUGGACAAUUAUUUUCAAUACCAAGUAGACCAGACGAACACACCGACAUCCGUCGGUUUGGUAACUGGAUUCAAGUCUAUACCAGUAUCGGUGUCCGUGUAAACUGGGACGGAUCUAAGGCGGUGGAAGUAAUGGUUCCUCAAAGUUACCUUGGCAGCACUUGUGGUCUUUGUGGCAACUACAACAUGAACCCACAUGACGACUGGAAGACUGGUGAUAGAUGUACAGGAGACAUAACAAACAAUCCUAAUAUCUUUGGAAAUUCUUACGUGGUACCCGAAUACAAAGAUAAGAACCCACAUUGUGAUGCUGACUGCAAUGCGCCAGAGCCACCGGAAGAGUGUACAGAUAUGGAGAGAAAGGAAGCUGCCGACUAUUGUAACAAAAUUUUCCUUAGUGAGCAAUUCAAGGUGUGUGUGCAAGCGAUACCUAAAACUACACUAGACGGUUUUAUAGAAGCCUGUGUUUCUGACUUGUGUCUAGUGAAACAAGAUUUCGAUGUGAUUGUGUGCAGUCAUGCUACCAGUAUGGUUAAAGAAUGUUCCGAUAAUUAUGGCUAUGUUGUCACCGACUGGCGAUCAGUCGAUUUCUGUGAUAUACAAUGCGGUGUGAAUAUGCAAUAUUUAUACUGUGGAUACCCAGUAAUAGAGGGAACCUGCUAUGACGUAGAAAGUCCUAACCCUCUUCCUGUUGUGAAUGACACAUGUCGUGAAGGUUGUUUCUGUAUGGAUGGCUACUUCAUGGAUGCUUCCGGUACAGAAUGCGUUCUGCAAGAAGACUGUGGUUGCUUUUACAAAGGACACUAUUACCAGGUUGGAGAACAACUUGUUACCGACGGCUGUAAAGAGACGUGGACAUGCCAAGAGACACACGACUUUUCCAAGGAAAAGUUAAAAUGUCCGGACUUGUCUGAGUGUAAGCUAUACAAAGGAAUAUACGGAUGUCAUUGUGAUAUUGGCUAUAUAAUGGUGAACGGCGAGUGCAUUUUUGAUCCCUGUGGUUCGGAGCCAUGUAAAGAUUUCCCUGAUGCCGAGUGUAAGAUGGUUGGAGAGAGUUACGUAUGUCAGUGUAAGAUGGGCUUCACGGGAGAUUGCAGAAACUGUGAAGAUAUUGAUGAAUGCAAGACAAGGACACACAAUUGCACCAGGUAUGCUGUCUGUACAAACACUCCUGGUUCUUAUACUUGCACAUGUCGUCCAGGGUACAAAAAGAAUGGCGAUAAAUGUGACGAUAUCAAUGAAUGUCACAUUGAUGCACUUCAUGAUUGCCCUCCUGGGACGAAAUGUUACAACACCAUCGGAGGAUACAUGUGCCAGACAUGCAAUGAUAAUACUCCUGGCAAAAAAUGCUGCCAUUGUACCGGUUCACGUUGUAGGGAGAACGGUGAGGUGUGCGGGACUGAUGGUACAACAUAUCCCUCGGAAAAGGCUCUUCUAAUUAGUAGAUGUGAAAAGAACCUCAAAUGGCACGAACUGCAAGUCGAUUACUUUGGACACUGCAAAGAUUCCUGUAACAAUACUGAGUGUCCUCCAAGGCAGUCGUGUAUGAUAGACACUCUUACACAAAAACCGGAAUGUGUCUGUGACCCAUGUGACAAAACUAAUCCUGAAAAUAUUGAACGCCCCGUGUGUACGGAUGAAUUCCGAAUGUACCCCAAUAUGUGCGAGUUCAUAGAGUCAAUGUGUAACGGUGAUACUGACUCUGUACCGAGUUUUGAUACUGGGCCGUGUGAGGAGAAGAGAGAUUUCAUACCGCUCUCGAACUGGAGUCCAUGGAGUCCAUGUUCCGUCACUUGCGGUGUUGGGGAGAAAACUCGCUCGAGAGAAAGACUUGAUGGUCAAUUCUACCAGUCCUUCAACUUCAGCCUAGAAGCGGUCGCUAAAUGUUAUAAUGACCCGUGUAUUGACUCUCCAUGCUCUAACUCUACAUGUAACGACACCGAAAUAUGCCUCAUAGAUGCUCUUGGCGAACCCGUCUGUGAAUGUCCCGAAUGUAUAUACCAUGGAAGCGAACCAGUAUGCAGCAUGAUUGACGGACAUAACCAUAAUUUCCGUAACCCAUGUGAGGCACAAAAAGAGGCUUGUGAGAUUGGAGAACCAGUUACCGUUCUAUAUGGUGCCAAAUGUGGCACUGCUCCUGUGAAUUGCACUUUGAUGCCUGACUUCAAGGUUCUUAGAAGUCCUGGAUGUAAAAACCUUAGGAUAAACAAGAGUAAAUGUACCGGCGGUUGUGGUCCUUUCUCCAACUACUGCUGCAACAAGGCCAGCACCCACACGAAGACGUUUGUACUUGAUUGUGGAGAGAACGCGCCAGUAACACAUACAGAGGAGAUAACCGAUUCCUGUGAAUGUGAUCGAUUAAAUAACGAAGAAUAGUACACACCUACUUACUGAAGUUCAAUUGUUACUGGUUAUAUAAUAUACAUUUCAACUCUCCAACAUUUGUUCAGCGUUAAGCGACAUCCAGUACUAUAUUAUUAAAGAAAACAACAAAAU